AUGGUGUUUGGAGACUGGCUCGCCAUCCUGACUCCCUCUUCUGUCUUUGAAUGAAACAGUGAAGUUCUGAUAUGCCAGAGAAAAAGGGCCUGGAAAAUAAACACUGUGACUUAUUACAAAGAUGGAAAAGAGUUAUUUUUUAAAAAUGAAGUCUCAAGCUUCCCUAUCCAAAACGCGGUUUUGAGUGACAGUGGCAAUUAUUACUAUACUGUUACUGGAAGAAAAUUCUAAGGAAAGAAAUAGAAACGGAUACUAAAGAUUGAAGUCUUAGAGCUGUUUCCAUGUCCCAGGCUGACAGUCAACUCCUCUGGGCCCAUUGAGGGGGACCCAGUGACCCUGCUCUCUUGGGAGACCCAGCCCUCUCCACAGAGCUCAGAUGCCCAGCUCCUUUGCUUCUUCAGAGGCAGCAGGACCCUGGAGUCAGGCUGGAGCAGCUCCCCAGAGCUCCAGAUCCCCACCAUGUGAAGUGAAGACCUCGGGUCUUACUGGUGCCAGGCAGAGACAGCGACACACAGUGUCAGGAAUCUGAGCAUCCAAUCCUAAAUUCAUGGCCAGAAAGCCCCCAUCUCUAAUGUAAGCUUAGAUACCUGAGCCCCUAGGGGACAAGUGCAGGGCACAGGAAACAUCACAUUUUUCUAGCACAGAGAGGCCACAGGAACCAGUCUGGGUCAGAUCCAACACUCCCUGUCAGCAGACCUGGAGAUCCUAGCUGUGAAAGAGCACAGUGCUGGCCAUCACUGUAGAGCUGGCAAUGGCUGUAAUAACAUCUAGAGCAAGGUGGUGAACAUCCGUGUGAGAAUUCCAGCAUCUUGUCCUGUCCUCAUCCUCAGGGAUCCCAGGACCCAGGCUGUCAUGGGGGAUGUGGUGGAGCUUUACUGUGAGGCUUGGAGUGGACCAAUCCUGUACUGGUUUUAUCAUGAGAACAUCAACCUGGGGAGCAGCUCAGCACCCUCUGGAGGAGAAGCAUCCUUCAACCUCUCUCUGACCACAGGGCAUUCUGGGAACCACUCCUGUGAGGCUGACAAUGGCCUGGGGGCCCAGUGCUGUGAACUGGUGCCACUUUCCAUCUCAGGUUGGGACCUCAACUAG